AUGACUGCAUGCUCACAUGAGUCAACUGUUAAUGGAAACAGCAACAAUGGCAACAUUACCAGGACAAACGAAAAUGGUAAUAAUAUAGCCAAAAAUAACAAUGUUGUAAGAUUUUUAGAUAAUGAUGGCGCCAGUUCUAAUGAGUUGCCGCUUUUUUUGAAACGACCUUAUAGUGACACUCCAGUGACAAGUAAUUGGAAUUCUCCAGAAAACUCUACCGAUGGAACACCGUUAGUCUCCCCAGAUACAAGUUUCGUUAAUUUAGGAAAAUUGGAUGAAUUGAUCUCUGUAGACAGUUCAACUGAAGAGAUAAAUCAAGAAAAUUUUCUAAGAUUACAACCAGAUAAUAUCAAUAAUGAUGAUAUUUCACCUUCGAAAUUUAAUCACCCAAGGAAAAGAAAUACAACUUUCGAUGUGCCAGGAUUGACAAAAUCAAAAAAGUCUCCAGAUGGGACCAUUUCAAAGGAAGACCCUUGCUCUAAGCUAAUUAUAAUAAUGGUAGGUUUACCAGCCACGGGUAAGUCAUUCAUUGCAAAUAAAUUGUCAAGGUAUUUGAAUUACUCAAUGUAUGACUGUAAAGCUUUUAAUGUUGGUAAUACCAGAAGAAAAUACGCCAAGGAUCACGGUUUAGAAGAUCAAGAUUCAAAAUUUUUUGACCCAACUAAUCAAAAAUUCUCGGAUUUAAGAGACCAAUGGGCAUUAGAUACUUUAUCUGAAUUGCUAGAUUAUUUGUUAGAUGGGAAUGGCUGUGUAGCAAUUUUUGAUGCAACUAACACUACAAAAGUAAGAAGAAAGCUUGUUGUAGAAAGAAUAAGAGAAAGAUCUGAACAUAUUGGGAUCUUAUUUUUGGAGACUAUUUGUUCCGACAACAAAGUAAUAGAAGAAAAUGUCAGAUUGAAAUUAUUUGGCCCAGAUUAUAAGGGAAAAAACCCUGAAAAGUCAUUAAAAGAUUUUAAAAAGAGAUUAUUGAAUUAUAAUAAAGCAUACGAACCAUUAGAAGAUCAUGAAAAUAUCCCAUAUGUUAAAAUGGUCGAUGUAGGUAAAAAGGUAAUCUCAUAUAAAAUAAAAGGUUUUUUAGCGUCACAAACUGUUUAUUACUUAUUGAAUUUCACUUUAAAUGAAAGACAAAUCUGGAUCACUAGAAAUGGGGAAAGUGAAUAUAAUGUCAGUGGAAGAAUUGGUGGUGACUCAAAUUUAACAAAGCGUGGUAAGAAGUAUGCUACCGCCCUAACCAAGUUUAUCGAUAAACAAAGGACAGAAUUUAACAAUUACGAAUUAAAAAAGCUUGAAUCCAAUAAAAAAAAAUAUAAGUCAUUUGAUGUGUCUUCAGAUGAGAAUUCGGAAAAUCAUGAUGAUGAUGACGAAGAUCACCAAUUCAAUGAGUUUUUUGUAUGGUCUAGUAUGCGCAAGAGAUGUGUACAGACAGCAGAACAUUUUAAUGAAAUUGAGUACCCAAUAAAACAAAUGAAAAUGUUGGAUGAGCUAAAUGCAGGAGAUUAUGAAGGAAUGACAUACCAAGAGAUUCAAGAAAACUUCUCCGAAGAAUUCGAGGAACGCCAAAAGGAUAAAUUGCGUUAUAGAUAUCCUGGUAUCGGUGGGGAAUCUUAUAUGGAUGUCAUUAAUAGAUUAAGGCCUGUAAUCAAUGAAAUAGAGAGAUUGGAAGAUAAUGUUUUAAUUAUUACCCAUAGAGUUGCUGCAAGAGUACUAUUAGGUUAUUUUAUGAAUCUAGGAAAAGAUAUUAUUGCUAAUUUAGACAUACCUUUGCAUUGCAUAUAUUGUUUAGAUUUAAAACCCUAUGGCAUCUCUUGGUCAUUAUGGGAAUAUGAUGAAGAAAAGGAUGAUUUCUUUAAGCUACCAACAUCAGGAUUAAAUACAUGCAAGGUAAAAGAAGUGGGUUCUGUAUACAAGGAGAAACAUUACUCUAUCGUUCCUACUGCCCCUUUAAGUUCUAGUAGUUCUGUUUCUGAUUUAAGUUUCUCAAGGAAAUUACGAAAUGGAACUUCACCAAAUUCAUCCAAUAUCAAUGAUUCAACAUUAUCCAACGAACCAUUAAUCACUGUACCAAUUAUAUCUACAUCCAAUCUAUUAGAAGGUGGAGGUACUUCUAUUUCUAACGUACCGAAAAGAACAAUAAUGGUUCCCCAAAGUUCAAGCCAAAGCACAGUCAUAUCUUCGAUCCUAGCAAAUGAAUCCAUUGAACCAAUCUGCAUAGAAAGUAAAAACAGAAGUGAUACAAUUGACCUAAAAUCUGUCAAGAAUGAAAAUGUUCCAGAUAAAUUGUAA